AUGUCGUCCUCACAACGUCUAUUGAACCCAAGGCUCUUCAAGAAUAUGAAUUUCAUUUUGGACAAUCGGAUUGUGCUUCCAUCGAAUUUGAAGAGAAUCACAGCAAUUUAUAACAGAUACGGAGGAGAGGAAAAUACUAUUUCAAGAAAUGUUGUUGUUAAACAAUUUCCGUCGAUUCAACACUACAACCCACAAACCGAAUGCAAGAGAAUUGUUGAACACAAAACAUCAGCCAAUGCCAAAUUUGUUAUCGAGUUGGAUGAUGGAACACAAACAUUGAUAAGAGUAACAGACAAGGACACAGAACAAACAAUUAUUGACCGCAUCAAACAAGCAGCAUUAAAUUUAACAGAAACACAAUAUGAACCUGAAUUGGCAAUCUUCAUCAAAGAUUUCGAAAGAAAGGUUAAACAACACCAGUCCAAAGAAUAA